CCAGACUCCUGCACAACCUGUGCCGGCUCUUUGGAUUCAUACGGCUCGAAAUCAUUUUCCUGCUGCUCCUUUUGGUCGUGACAAAGGACACCGAGUCCUGAUAGCAGGGUUUUUAUACUGAAGGUAAUGUCAGGAAAGAUGUGCAGCAGCAGCAACAGCGUUAUUCAGGCACAAAAACUGGUGGAUCAGCUGCGGGUGGAGGCGGGCAUGGAGAGAAUCAAGAUCUCCCUGACAGCAGCUGACUUGGUCCGGUACUGUCAGGAGCACAGGCGCAGUGACCCUCUGCUCACUGGCAUCACUGCCUCAGCCAAUCCUUUCAAAGACAAGAAGACCUGUGUGCUGCUUUGACAGUUUGGAGAUUAUCACCACAUAACGGACUCCCAUAAGGACAACUCAUGUCUUCAGAUUUUCUACUGAUAAAUGUGUAUAAGAUAAUAGGCCCUGUGUGAAGGAUUUAGCUGCAUUUAUUGGUAUAAAUGGUAUAAAAUACUCAUGACUGUUUUCAUUAGUUUAUCAUCACCUAAAAAUAAGAAUCAUUGUGUUAUUGUUACCUUAGAACGAGCCGUUCAUAUCUCCAUACAAAGUGUUUUCACGUUGGCUACUGUAGCUCACCUACAUGCUUGGCACACAGGAGAAGUUUCAGUUCUGCAACAGGUGGUGCCCCCAGAUAUUUUUCACAGAGGUGGCCAAAUGAGGCCACUGAAGAUUUUGGGGUGGCUCACCAAAACCAAAAGGCAUAACUGAAUUUAAGGUAUUCACGUCCGCUGUUUAAGUAUAUCUGCUAGUUACAGCUAUGUCAAGGAAUUGCAUGCUGUUAUUGGUUUCUUAUUUUACAGUUAACAUUGCUAAUUAUCUGAUGUGCAUAGACGAAUACUGGUACAGUUAAUAUUUUGAGUUCCAGAACAAUCCUGUUUUAAUGUGUUAUGUAUCUAUAUAAGUGUUUGGCGAUUCACUGUUCUUCAAGUAGGUUUUCCUUAAAAAGAUAAAUAUACAGCUUUAAUUUUAAGGAGUACAUUGAUUCAAAGGAACAAAAACAUCUACUAGGAACAUGUCUCAAGUUGACGAGUAUUCAAAGCAUUCGGAUAUCUUGAGGUGGGACCCAAGGAACCUUCUUUGAAAAUGACCAUGUUGAGGCCUUUGCACACCGAGUCUGUUUUUUCGUCCAGAAUUGUCACACAUCUAAAGAUAAAUAAGACUUUACAUUUGCACACUGAGUCCAAUACUUUCAUCCGUCAUUAAAAGUUUCAAAACAGGUUCUAUUUUGUGUUUUUCGCAUCUGUCAGUGCAUUUAGAAACGUUGGACCAAGAAUCAGUGAAGAAAAUGUGGCGGCAGGACACUGCCUCUACAAGACAGAGGAACAGGGCGCACAGAAUCAUUGCUAAACUCAGAUAGCUUCUUUCAACAGGUCAGAUAGUAAUAUUCAGGUAGGUGAUGAUGAAGAGGAGGAUGUAGACCGCACACAGAAUGUGGAGAGAGAGAGGGAGGACAGCUCCACCCCUUCGUGCAGCCGCAGUGCCAAAUGAAAGACAUGGAGGAAGUGAUGUCGGUCAGACAGGUAACUCCAGAGGAGAGAGGCAGAGAGGGAAAUGUCUUUUUUUAUUUUGUCAUGUAUUGCGAAUUUUAGCACCAAAUAGAAAAAUAAAACACAUCAGAAUCAGCGUGCAAGGACUGACAUAUUGACAGAUAAAGAAACGCAUCUGUAAAAAACAGACUCAGUGUGCAAAG